AUGGCAAGUGCUUCCAAGCAGAACUUGGAAGAGUCUCUACGCGACAUCUUUGUUCUAGCGGAAGCUGCACUUUCUGCGACUUCGAUUAGUUCCACGAUCACAGCAUCGGACCUACCCGGUGCAGGACGUAUUCUCGGAAAUCUAUACAGCUUUCUGGGGAAAAGAUUAGAGGAGACGCUAAACAGGCUUGCGGAACGCUGUGGAUACGGUCCUCGGGCGAUUGAAGACCGCAUUUUACGCACAUGUCAUAAACUCAAAGAUGAUAUGUAUGAAGAUCUUGCCGUUGAGCUGGGUACUAAGAACGAACGCCUUCUCUGGAAGGACUUGAAGAAGCUUAUUGCGUCCAACAUUAAGUGUAAUCGGGAAGCAGCAUUCACUAUUAUCGCAUCGAUUGCAGUUGUCAAUCCGCGGUUCUCUAUUAUUCUUCGUGAUCUCGGAGCAAUUCAAGAACUAGGACUUGCAUGCGUUCGCGAAGAGGACUACAUGUAUACCAGCCAUCUUCUCUCGCCAUCUCGCAAGGCUCUCGUUUCUGUACUGGAAAACAACGUAAAUAAGACAGGCUAUGAUUGGGCAUCGGCUGCACGUACGAUAGCGUCAUUCGAACCGAAGACUUUCAUGCAUUUGGAAAGGGCAAGUGUGGCUGGGGUUUGUAUUGAGGGAUUGAACAAGUACGGGUUACUUGUUGCUUUCGUUGGCAGCAAUAACAAAUACAAAACACCCUUUCUUGAAAUAAGGUCGCCAGAAGAAUCUUACCUUGCAACGCUUCAUCUUACCAAACUUCAAAAAAUACCCGCACACUUCUUCUGGAGUCUUCCAGAUGCAGACGUGCAGGAGAUUGGGCACCACCUUCAUCGCGUCAAUAGUUUUCUAGCACAGAUCAUUCAUCAUAAAGUUACGGAGGAACCGAAUUACAUUGACUGGCCCAGUCUUGCACUGUUGAUCGGUCGCCUACAACACGACUUUUUAUUGGUUCCCGGUUGCACAAAGGAGGUGAUUGGGUUUGUGCAUCAGUUAAUUGGUGAUAUCCUCGUUAUGUCGCAUGAUAAGAUUCCUGUUCGCAUAAGAGCCGAUGUUAUUGCUGAUCAUGCCCGUAUGGCACAAUUGUUGUAA